UAUAACUGUUGCUGGGGUCAAGUGCGGGAUUGCUGCCCCAGAGCACAAAGCUAGAGGCAAACGUUUCUGGAAAUAGCAGUCACGUUCACUGCCCCCAAACUUAAAGCUGCUUUCCCGAGGCAAGGGACCACUGUUUCAAUCAUCAUGGCUUCUCCUCCUACAGGAUGCGGAACCAACCUAAGCUCCACAUACUAUAACCUUUGUGACAUGGACAGCCCUUGGGGCAUUGUUCUAGAGGCAUUUGCAGCAGCUGGAGUUGUGACCUCAGUUGCCUUCAUGUUAUCCCUUCUUGUUCUCAUCUGCAAGAUCCAGGACUCCAAUCGUAGAAAAGUCCUUCCUACCCAGUUUGUCUUUCUCCUGGGUGUGUUGGGCCUCUUCGGCCUCACCUUCGCUUUCAUCAUCAAACUCAAUGAGAGGACUGGUCCCACUCGUUUCUUUCUCUUUGGAGUCCUCUUUGCACUCUGCUUCUCUUGCUUACUUACGCAUACAUUCACCUUGGCCAAGUUGGUCCGAGGGAAGAAGCCCCUCUCAUUACUGACAAUCCUAGGCUUGGCCUUGGGCUUCAGCUUGGUUCAGGACAUCAUUGCUAUUGAUUAUGUUGUCAUCACCAUGAACAGGACCAAUACUAAUGUCUUUGCUGAAAUGCCAAGGACCCAGCUCAAUGAAGAUUUUGUGAUGCUGCUGAUCUAUGUCCUCUUUUUGAUGGCUUUCACCUUCAUCAUGUCUCUAUCCACCUUUUGUGGCUCCUUUACUGGUUGGAAGCGGCAUGGCGCACACAUCUUCGUAACCAUGCUUUUCUCCAUUGCCAUCUGGGUAGCGUGGAUUACUUUGCUUUUACAUGAACCCCUCAAACCAAUUUGGGAUGAUACCAUCCUUAGCACUGCCUUGGUUGCCAAUGGCUGGGUCUUCCUAUUAAUGUACAUUUUGCCUGAGUUUAUCCUCCUCACCAAGCAACGUAACCCAAGGGACUACCCUGUGGAAGACAACCUUUGUAAACCUCAAUUCAUGAAGCAGAGCUAUGGUAUGGAGAACAGAGCCUACUUGCAAGAGGAAAUCACUCAAGGCCCAGAAAGCCCUGGCAGCAGCACACACUAUGCUCCAUACUCUACUCAUUUCCAGCUGCAGAAUCGGGACUCUCAAAAGGAUUUCUCAAUCCCACGACCCAAGACCCGCUCAAGCCCCUAUGAUGAUUAUGGUGGAAGGAAAGAUGGCAAUUGAUACCACCGUGUAAAAUGAGAAGAUGAAUGCAAACGGUGGCAGAACCAGCUUAGGGUUUACAGGGAAAUGGAAUAAGCCCCCCAAACGCCAAGGAAACUGGACUAACAGUAGGGGGUGCGGGGAAACUUUCCUGUCUUCUAGCCCUAACUCUCCUAACUCUCGGAAAGAAGGGAGGAAACCAGGUUGAUGUUCUGGACAAUGUUGCAUAUUUCUUUCCCUGGUCUCCACCCCAAAGUAUUUUCUUUCACAAGUAGUUUUUGUCAACUCAGGAUUAGAAGCUCCAAUCAGGUGAGGGAGGCCCCCAUCUCAGUAUAUGUGUGACCUCCACUUCGGUCAUUCUGAUUGCAUAUCUUUGGUUCAUUGGGCUUUAUGAAUUCAACUCAUCCUUCUGAAGACAGAUUGCCUAGAUGUUUUUUGUUGUGAUCCAUGGGCUUUGCAAAGAACAGGAUUAAGAAACUGAGUAAAAACAACAGAGGGCCCAAUCCUUGUCUACCUUAAUCUUACCCCCGGGCUCCACCCCCCAACCAAUUCCCUGACAUUUAUCUUUCUCUUUGGGCACAAUGGACUUUCCCUGCCACUCCAGAUUUAGCAAUUUCCACAGAUCUGUCCAAUAGACUGACCUCUUCUUUUCCUUGGCAUUAUUUUCUAGGCCAACCCCCUAUUUGUUUCCCAUUAAAUUCCAAAACUAAAGCUUUAUCUGGCGUUCCCCUUCCAGAUGUCCCUUGCCUGAAUAAGCCCGAUGCUCUUUUCUCAGAAGAAUUUGCUCUGUUCUGGAAGCAAAGCUGCGGCAUUGACCCUCAUUCCUAAACCCAACUGUGUAUCCUCUGUAAAACAUAUAAUAUUACCUUUAACCUCCCUGUUCAGUAAAUGUGUGGAUGGUGUUUACUAAUGUGGAAGACUUUCAUUAUGUAAUAAGUUAUUCGUCAUUUCUCAAAUGGAAUAAACAUUAAAAGGUGAGUUAGUAACUGAA